AUGGUUGUGAUAGGUUACAAUCUGAUCGAGCAGCUUGCUGCGCUGAAUGGCUCAGAAUGGAGUGUAGCAGGCAUCUUAAACGAGGUUCUACCCGAGCAAAGGAAUUUGUGGGAGGCGAGAUGCUUGCUGAAGCCCGUAUCAUACGAGCGGAACACUCCCGACAGCAAGAAGCGCAUUGUAGCGAGUAUUCACGACACCAGAUUUAAGCGCAGUGGUUCUGUGGCACCAAUACCAGUAGCUGCCUCCAAUACCUUCGCGUUGGCCAACCCUUUCUCCAAGCAACCUGUCCUCACCGCCGAUACUGAUAAUCAACCAAGCUUGGGCACCAUCGGCAACAAUUAUCGUGGGCAUAUCCUUACUCUUUGGGAGGACAAGUUCCGCCGAAAAUGCUUGGCAGUGGAAGAUGUGCUCUUCCUUCUUGCACGCCCGAAUGUUGCUUGUACGUUAGAAAGCGCGAGCUUUCUGCGAGCAACGCAGAUGUCCUAUGAUCAAGUUAUCGAGCUAGAAAUGGCGCUAGCGAUGCUUCGUGAACAAGGGGGGUGGUGCCAUCCUCAUCCUGAUCACUCUCAAGCGUCUGCUGUCUCGCUGUGUGAUAGACUUGCACAGAAUUUAUGGGUUCACGGUCGAACGUUGCCAAUUUCGCGGACUUGCAGCAGCAUGCUCCCCGAGGUGAUAAGAACAAAGCGUUUACCCGCAGUACGAGUGAAGCCCGUACGCAAACGUUACGAGAGACCAACAGUGCAACCCCGGCCUCAAUUGGAAAAUCAAUGUAGCAUGCUCAGCAAAGCAGCUCCGUCGAUAAAUGGUUGCCCACUUGAUAUUCGAGAUUGGGUUCGAGAUCACUGUAUGGAGGAAGUUGUUCGAUCCACUGCCAUGAGGAAGCAUUUUGCUGCCGAAAAGUUAUUGGUAUGGACUCCAUACCUGUGUCUUUAUUGGUUCGCCAAACUCACGCUUUAUUUACCCAGAUAUUUGUCCGCAGACACCUCCACCAAGUCAUUCACCGGCGCUUUAUGUAUUGGCGCCAGCAAACGAUGUGGAUACAAUGUCACCAACAGGCCCGCAGAUUUUGCCGCCUUCUUUCGUCUGUGGGCCAAGUGGAUGGCUACCAUAGCACAGCAACGGGAGUACGAAGCCAUCGCUGCUGCUGUAUACAUUCAAAGUUGGUUUCGCGGAGUGAAAGGCAAGCAAGCUGCAGCUGUUCAUCACCUACAUCGAGCUGCAACAUUGAUUCAAGCUCGUUGGAGAGGGUUUCUUUCACGAAAAAUGUUCAAGCGGAGAAGACGCUUCUUGGCAUACAACCGGGCUGCUCAUCAGGUCCAGCGCUACUACCACUCGUACCUUUUCCGCGUCCGCUAUCUGGAUGCGGCGAACGAGGAGAAGAAUCGCCCGCGCCAAAGCGAAGCGCGACAAACUGUCACGAGCGAGCCACGUGCUGUUCAAUUUCUUUCGGUACACUCAGUUCAUGCGGCGCUUUGGGACGCGCGUGGAGACUGUAUCAAAGCGGAGAACCGCUGCGGCGGUGCUGCUGCAGAACGCGUAUCGGGCUAA